UACGUUUUAACAAUCACUUGAAACUUGAAACUUUGAGUGAAUUGAUCUUUAGCGUACCAAUUACCGAAAUUGUAUUGAAACUAUUUUCUGAAAAUUGUGUGACCCAGCAAAAUCACUAUAUUUUAAAUGAGAACGGAAUUAUCGAAAGUGUAACAAUAUCAUUCGCUGACAACGAUUUUGUGAUAACACAUACAAUUUUGAACAAAAAGGAAUCGCUGACUGUAAAUUGUGUCGUGCCAACAUGGAUUCGAGGGUUUUAUUCCUUGCUGGACUCUUAUUAACAGGGUGUGUGCCUUCCUGUUAUGCCCGAUGUUCCGAUGAUGACUCUUGGUUCACCUUGAAGAAUAUUGCCAUUGGAGGCGUGGUUGGGGCAGGUGCCGUUGUGGCUGCCCCUUUUGCGCUUGGGGCUGCUGGAUUUGGAGCCGCUGGUGUUACGGCCGGAUCAUUGGCAGCUGCAAUUCAGGGACCAGCAGUUGUUUCCGGGAGUGCAUUUGCGCUUGCGCAGAGUGCAGGUGCGGCCGGUCUCGGAAUCGGGACUAAGGUGGCAUUGUUUGCCGGAUGGGGGUUUUCUGGGUAUGCGGUCAGCAAGAACAACGAUUAAUAAACACAUUUGUCGACUAACAGUAAAAUACUAAAGUAAAGAAGUUAAUCCAAAAGGUAGAUUGUUUCAAAAACUCGAAUGUAUUAAAUUCAUUUUGACAAAGCAAAAUCUUGCUUUAUAAUCACAUGCUGUUGAUUAAGCAACUAUUAUAAUAACAUUAAAAUAGUAUUAUAUCAAUUAACAUUUUUUCAAUAUUGAACUAAUAUAAAACUUAUUAUUACAA